UAUUUUUUAAAAAUUUAAAUCGAAGAAAACAAUCAAGAGAAGAACCAGUCAAUUGCUAGGAAGCUUCCUCUUCACCCAUCUUUUUCCGUUCCAAGUCAUCACUUCGAUAUUAACCAGAAAAGUCUCAGCUUUGAAUUUGCUCAACUUUUCUUUUCAAUCUUGUCCUUCACUGGAGUGUAUGUCUGCUUAUUUUGCGGUACAUGAAGAGGAUUUUUCGGUUUAUUUAUGUAUUGAAGGCUGAUUUCUCAGUACAGUUUGUAACUUGAUUCAGUUAGUUCAAGUUAUAGACAUGAAUUAUCCACAGGAGAAGUUUGUGAGGUUUCAAGAUUGGAAGUCUGAGAAAAGUAAUGAAGCAAGAUAUUCUGCGAAUGAUGGGAUACAUUCAGGAAAAUUUAGGAUGACUACAAAUUGGGUUUUAGAGAAGUUUGAAAGAGGAUUUGAAUCCGGGUCUGAAAAUAUUAAAAGGAUUAGAAAAUCAAUAAAAUCAUAUUCCUUUAAUAAUGCUGUUGCUAAAGGCUUGAAGUCUAGGAAUAAAAUUCUUGAUCCACAGGGGCCAUUCCUUCAAAGAUGGAAUAAGAUAUUUGUGUUAUCAUGUCUGAUCGCUGUUUCUUUGGAUCCUUUGUUCUUUUAUGUGCCCGUGAUUGAUGAUGAUGAGAAGUGUCUUGAUCUGGACCACAAAAUGGAGAUUACAGCCAGUGUUCUGCGUUGGUUCACAGAUAUUUUUUAUAUUAUUCAUAUCAUAUUUCAGUUUCGGACCGGCUUUAUUGCUCCAUCUUCUCGAGUCUUUGGAAGAGGUGUCUUAGUUGAAGAUACUUGGGAAAUAGCUAAGCGGUACCUGUCAACAUAUUUUUUAAUCGAUAUUCUUGCUGUCCUUCCUCUCCCGCAGGCCGUAAUUUUUAUCAUCAUUCCAAAGAUGAAGGGCUCAAAAGCUUUGAACACGAAGAACUUGUUGAAAUUUGUUGUUUUUUUCCAGUAUGUACCGAGGUUGAUGCGUAUAUAUCCAUUGUAUAAGGAAGUUACAAGAACUUCUGGCAUUCUUACAGAAACUGCAUGGGCUGGAGCUGCAUUUAAUCUGUUGCUUUACAUGCUUGCUAGUCAUGUACUUGGAGCCUUUUGGUACUUGUUUUCCAUAGAAAGGGAAAGCGUGUGCUGGAAAAAAGCUUGUGAUAAUCAUACUGGCUGUGUACGUGAUAUGUUGUAUUGUGGUAACCAAGCGGGAGUAAACAAAACCUUUCUGGAUGAUAUCUGCCCUGUACAAAACCCAAAUACAACAGUUUUUAACUUUGGAAUAUUCCUCGACGCCCUUCAAUCUGGAGUUGUGGCUUCUAAUGAUUUUCCAAGAAAACUAUUUUUUUGUUUCUGGUGGGGCCUGCGAAAUCUGAGCUCUCUUGGUCAAAACCUUGAAACAAGUACUUUUGUUCCGGAAAUUUUAUUUGCAGUUGCCAUUUCUAUCUUUGGCUUGGUGCUGUUCUCGUUUCUCAUCGGAAAUAUGCAGACAUAUUUGCAAUCCACUACCACAAGGUUGGAGGAAAUGAGAGUAAUGAGGCGAGAUGCAGAGCAGUGGAUGUCUCACCGCUUGCUUCCUGAGAAUCUGAGGGAACGGAUUAGGCGACAUGAACAAUACAAAUGGCAAGAAACCCGAGGUGUCAAUGAAGAAAAUCUUGUUGGCAAUCUUCCCAGGGACCUUCGAAGGGACAUAAAGCGUCAUCUCUGCUUGGCCUUGCUUAUGAGGGUGCCUAUGUUUGAAAAAAUGGAUGAGCAACUACUAGAUGCAAUGUGCGAUCGUCUAAAGCCAACACUGUACACAAAGGAAAGCUACAUCGUUCGAGAGGGAGACCCAGUCGAUGAGAUGCUCUUCAUCAUGCGAGGGAAGCUAUUAACAAUAACCACUAAUGGCGGAAGAACCGGCUUCUUUAACUCUGAAUACCUCAAGGCUGGCGAUUUCUGUGGAGAGGAACUGCUGACUUGGGCCCUAGAUCCCAACUCCUCAUCCAAUCUUCCUAUAUCAACGAGAACUGUUCGAACUCUUACGGAAGUCGAAGCAUUUGCCCUAGUGGCUGAAGAUUUGAAAUUUGUUGCAUCUCAAUUCCGCCGGCUUCACAGUAAGCAACUUCGGCACACGUUCAGGCUUUACUCGCAACAAUGGCGGACUUGGGCAGCAUGCUUUAUACAAGCUGCAUGGCGUCGAUAUAAUAAAAAGAAGCUCGAAGAGUCUCUCCGACAGGAAGAGAAUAGGUUGCAAGAUGCGUUAGCCAAGACGAGUGGAAACUCGCCGAGUUUAGGUGCCACUAUAUACGCGUCGAGGUUUGCUGCUAAUGCACUUCGUGCUAUACGCCGAAGCGGUAGCACGCGUAAGGCAAGGAUACCGGAGAGGCUUCCACCGAUGCUACUUCAGAAGCCUUCAGAACCUGAUUUCACAGCUGAAGAACGAUAGGUGUAGAUUUGUUUUUAUUUUCUAAAAAAUGUAUCUGAUUGUUGUGUACAGAGUAAAAUAGAAUUACUUCAGCCAACAAAGGAAUGAGAGUAGAGGAAGGAAGCAUGCUUGUGUAACUUACUGUAUUACAUUUACAUGUUGUGUAAUGAUAUAUAUAAAUUGUAUUUAUUUCCAGCUUUAA